CGGAAGCGACGAGGCCCACUAAGUUGUUCACGGGAUGGUGUGUCUGGGACCUGGCUGGGGCUCCCCACUGCGUCGCCCUGGGUUGAGAGCGAUGUCCAACAUCAGGAAGCAAGUGUUUGUGGAAAAAGUGCUGAAGAAGCUUUUUCCUAAUGUUCCAAAUGGCCAAGAAAAGAAAGCACCAGUGACUCUCACCUCGGAGAAACCACCCGAGAAAGUGACGCCUAAGAAAGCAAAAUCCGAGAGCAUUCAACCUUCUACAGGUGGUGACACUGAGAUGCAGUCUGAAAGACGGCUGUACACAGUAAGUCUGCCUCCUGAGGGAUACAUUCCAUGUUUGCCAGAGUUGAACAGUUGCACAGAAUCUGAAAAGUCCUCCAGUGAUGAUGACACAGAAGAUCUGGAUCUUCAUGAACAACCAAAAAGAAAAAGAACUAGAAAGCAUAAAUCAAAGAAAAAUUUUAAAAAUCACAGUAAUGUCCAUGCAGAACAAUCAGAGUUAGAAAAACAGAAGAGUCUUUUACAAGAAAAAUUACAGCCGCAGCACACAGAUGGCACCACAAUAAGCAAAAAUAAAAAAAGGAAACUGAAAAAGAAACAGCAAAUUAAAAAGAAGAAAGCAGCUGGCUUACUAACAAAAGCCUCUGGCAUCAAUUUCAUGUACCAGCCUGAGGAGAGCAACAGUGAACAGGAAGACGUAAGGGACACUGAUGGAGAAGAUGUUAAAGACACCAACGAGGAAGACGGUGGCAGUGCUAAUGAAAAGGCAGAUGCUGUCCUAAACUUCCUGAAGUCAACACAAGAAAUUUACUUUUAUGAUGGUGUCUCCAAAGAUUCCGAUUCAACUGCCUUUGUGGAAACUACCGAAGAGCUAUUUAAACAUCUUGAAUCUCACAGCAUGUCUCCCUCAGAUGUGUUCAUUCUGGAUCACAUGAAAACACUGUUACUCUUGCAAGAUAUUGAAAGAUUGAAAAGUGCUCUGGAAAUGUUCCCAGAACAUUGCAUGAUGCCUCCUGACCAGGCCAGAGUAAUCUCAACUUUCUUUAAUUACUGGAUUACACAUAUUCUUCCUGAGAAAAACAGUGAAUAGAAUCAGUAUGUCUACUUAAGAAGAGAUGAAACUUAAGAAAAAAAUACAGAAGAGAAAUAUAAAAUGGGCUGAGAGUUAAAUUCCCUAUUUUUUCUUUGUAGCCCAAAUCAUGUGAACUUUGAAAACAUUUGUACCAUAUUAUUUAUUCAUGUGUUUGUACAUAGCAGGCAAGAUGUCAUCUGAGAUGCUGAAGAAUUGGAAUAAAACUUGAAAUUUUUCACUUAUUUGCAAUUGUAUAUGUCUUGAAUUACUACACAAAGUUUGUUUUUCUAAUUUCUGUAAAAUUUGAAAAUAGGCAUUGUUUAAAUUGAAUAAACUGUAUAGUUUAAGGUUAUUAUAUGUUUUUUAAUGUUUUAGAUCACCUAGUAUUUCAAAGUUUUAAGGCUGCUUUAUAAAAAUUAAAAUA